AUGGCUCCGGCAGAGGAGAACAAGAAUGCAAACUCCGCUGGGGAGCUCAGAGCGGACCAGAAAUCGAACUAUGAGGACGAUAUAAAAGGCAGUGAAUCGAGCUCGACGACAGUUGGAAAGGCCACUUAUGAUACCGAUGAUAUCAGUCAAUCCCAGGCUGCUGAGCUGCGGCAUCUAGCCCGUCAACUCUCUAGGGCCUCCCAUCAUGGUGGCCCAGAUGUUGAGAAUGUCCCUCAGCAGGUCAUCAAUCCGUUCCUGGACUCGGAGUCAGAUCCUGAGCUCAACCCAGACAGCAAGAACUUUAAUGUAGCCAAGUGGCUCAAGACUAUCCUCCAUAUUACAUCAAGGGAUCCGGAGAGGUUUCCCAAGCGCACUGCUGGUGUUUCGUUCCGGAACAUGAAUGUCUAUGGAUACGGAACAGCAACCGAUUAUCAAAGUGAUGUUGGCAAUCUGCCACUCAAGGCAUGGAGUGGCAUCAUGAGCCUGCUUGGGCUACGGAAGAAGGUCCGUAUUGAUAUCCUUAGAGACUUUGAGGGCCUGGUCAAGAGUGGUGAGAUGCUUGUAGUCCUGGGACGUCCCGGAAGUGGUUGCUCCACACUUCUACGUACUCUAUCAGGUGAGACUCACGGCCUCUACCUCGACGACGGCAACGAUAUCCAGUAUCAGGGCAUCUCUUGGGAACAAAUGCACAAGAACUUCAGGGGAGAAGUCAUCUACCAGGCCGAGACAGAAACCCAUUUCCCCCAGAUGACCGUGGGAGAUACCCUUUACUUCGCUGCCCGUGCUAGAGCUCCAGCAAACAGACUGCCGGGUGUCUCUCGAGAGCAGUAUGCCAUACAUAUGCGAAGUAUGGUCAUGUCCAUGCUUAGUCUGUCGCAUACCAUCAACACCCAGGUCGGUAACGAGUAUAUCCGCGGUGUCUCUGGAGGUGAGAGGAAGCGUAUCAGUAUUGCAGAGACAACCUUGAGUGGAAGUCCCCUGCAGUGCUGGGACAACAGCACAAGAGGCCUGGACAGUGCCAACGCCCUUGAGUUCGUCAAGUCUCUUCGUCUGUCUACAAAAUACUCCGGAACCACUGCUAUUGUUGCCAUCUACCAGGCCGGCCAAGCAAUCUAUGACAUCUUCGACAAAGCUGUUGUCCUUUACGAGGGACACCAAAUAUACUUUGGAAAUGCUGUCCGUGCCAAAGAAUACUUCAUCGAGAUGGGCUUCGACUGUCCUAGCCGACAGACCACUGCUGAUUUCUUGACUUCGGUUACUAGUCCUUCUGAGCGGAGGGUCAGACCUGGCUACGAGUCUCGUGUGCCCCAGACACCAGCUGAGUUUGCUCAGCGCUGGAAAGAAAGUGAAGAUAGACGGAUGCUGAUGCAGGAGAUCGAUGAAUACAACAAAGCCUACCCUCUACAUGGCGAACAGCUACAGAAGUUCCAGGCCUCUCGAUCCGCUGAAAAGUCCAAGUCAACUAGCAAGACUUCCCCAUAUACCCUCUCCUAUCCUAUGGAGAUCAAACUCUGCAUGUGGCGUGGAUUCCAGAGACUGAAGGGAGACAUGUCCAUGACCCUGACCUCAAUUAUCGGAAACAUCGCUAUGUCGCUCAUUAUUGCUAGUGUCUUUUAUAACCAACAAGAAACCACCGACAGCUUCUUCUCCCGCGGCUCGUUGCUCUUCUUCGCCAUUCUCAUGAAUGCCUUUGCUAGUUCUUUGGAAAUUCUUACCCUAUGGCAUCAACGACCGAUUGUGGAAAAACAUGAUAAAUACGCUCUCUAUCAUCCAUCCGCCGAAGCCAUCAGUUCUAUACUCGUCGAUAUGCCUGCAAAACUGGCUGUGGCCAUCGUGUUCAAUUUGAUCAUCUAUUUUAUGACCAAUCUGAGGAGAACGCCAGCUCACUUCUUUAUCUUCUUCCUCUUCUCCUUCACCACGACCCUGACCAUGUCUAAUGUCUUCCGUUCCAUUGCCGCCGUAUCUCGUACCUUAUCUCAAGCCUUGGUUCCAACUUCAAUCUUUAUGCUUGCCUUGGUUAUCUAUACUGGCUUUACGAUUCCUGUCCGCGAUAUGCGCCCUUGGUUCAAGUGGAUCAGCUACAUCAACCCAAUUCAAUAUGCCUUUGAGUCUCUCAUGAUCAACGAGUUUCAUGACCGUGAAUUUGCAUGUGCUGCUUAUAUACCAAGUGGCCCAGGUUACUCUAAUGCCUCUGGCAUGUCCAGAAUCUGUGCGGCCAAGGGGGCGAUGGCAGGAAAGACAACUGUUAGCGGCGAUGUCUUCCUUCGGGAAACAUAUUCCUACUAUGCCUCUCACAUGUGGAGAAACUACGGCAUCAUCGUCGCUUUCUUCCUUUUCUUCCUAUUCAUCUAUAUCACGGCUACGGAACUCGUCUCCGCCAAGCCUUCAAAGGGAGAGAUUCUUGUCUUCCCCAAGGGCAAGGUUCCUUCAUUCUUAAAACAAUCUAAGAAAGCUGAUGACCCUGAAGCCGCAUCCACACAGGAGAAGCGCCCGGUGGAAAAUACUGGCCAUGACCAAACCGCAGCCAUUGUUAAGCAAACGUCUAUCUUCCAUUGGGAGAAUGUCUGCUACGAUAUCAAGAUUAAGAAGGAGACCAGGCGUAUCCUGGACCAUGUCGAUGGAUGGGUUAAACCUGGUACGCUCACUGCCUUGAUGGGCGUGUCUGGCGCUGGAAAAACGACUCUCCUGGAUGUCCUUGCAAACCGUGUUACUAUGGGCGUUGUCACUGGUGAAAUGCUGGUUGAUGGCCGACUUCGUGAUGACUCCUUCCAGCGUAAGACCGGAUACGUUCAACAGCAGGACCUCCACUUGGAAAUUAGCACCGUCAGAGAAGCAUUGAUAUUCAGCGCCCUGCUCCGCCAGCCGAAUACUACCCCCCGUGAGGAGAAGAUUGCUUACGUUGAAGAAGUCAUCAAGAUGUUGGGAAUGGAAGAAUACGCCAACGCCGUUGUCGGUGUCCUGGGCGAAGGUCUCAACGUUGAACAACGAAAGCGUCUCACUAUCGGUGUUGAAAUCGCUGCUAAGCCUGACCUCUUGCUCUUUUUCGAUGAACCCACCUCUGGACUUGACAGUCAAACGGCCUGGUCGAUUUGUACCUUGAUGAGAAAACUUGCAGACCAUGGGCAAGCCGUCUUGUGUACUAUCCAUCAGCCCUCUGCUAUGUUGAUGCAAGAGUUCGAUCGACUCCUGUUUUUGGCUGCUGGCGGACGAACAGUUUAUUUUGGCGAACUCGGCAAGCAUAUGACUACCCUUAUUGACUACUUUGAGAGCAAGGGAGCUCCCAAGUGCCCUCCGGACGCGAACCCUGCUGAAUGGAUGUUGGAAGUCAUUGGCGCCGCUCCCGGUUCAAAGACGGACAUAGAUUGGCCUGCAGUUUGGAGAGACAGCGCAGAACGUGUCGAGGUUCGUCACCAUCUCGCCGAACUAAAAUCAGAGCUCUCCCAAAAACCUCAAGCUCCUCGAUUAGCUGGAUAUGGUGAAUUCGCGAUGCCCCUGUGGAAACAAUACCUCAUUGUCCAACACCGUAUGUUCCAGCAGUACUGGCGUAGCCCUGACUACAUCUACUCGAAAGCCUGUCUAGCCAUUGUUCCGACUCUCUUUAUUGGUUUCACUUUCUUUAAGGAACAGCUCAGCUUGCAAGGCCUCCAGAACCAAAUGUUCGCUAUAUUCAUGUUUAUGAUUCUUUUCCCCAAUCUUGUCCAGCAAAUGAUGCCUUACUUUGUUAUCCAACGAUCUCUUUACGAAGUCCGUGAACGACCCUCAAAAACAUACUCCUGGAUAGCAUUUAUGAUCUCCUCUGUCGUGGUCGAAAUACCCUGGAAUGCCCUCUUGACUGUCCCUGCUUUCUUCUGCUGGUACUACCCGAUAGGCUUCUACAAGAACGCUAUCCCAACAGACUCCGUGACCGAGCGAAGCGGCACUAUGUUCCUACUCAUAUUGAUCUUCCUCAUGUUCAGCUCUACAUUCAGUUCCAUGGUCAUUGCCGGUAUCGAGCAAGCCGAAACCGGUGGAAACGUCGCCCAGCUUUGCUUUUCCCUUACCCUCGUCUUCUGCGGUGUCCUCGUCAGCCCAACGGCAAUGCCCGGGUUCUGGAUCUUUAUGUACCGUCUAUCUCCAUUCACCUACUUUGUUUCAGCCGUUUUGUCUACUGGAGUCGGACGAACAGAUAUCGUGUGCGCUGCCAAUGAAGUUCUCCGUCUUGCCCCCCCAGCAGGACAAACAUGCAUGGAGUAUCUAGGCCCAUACACCAAAUUUGCUGGAGGCAGGAUCCUGAACCCAGAGGCCGCCGACUUGUGUGAAUUCUGCGCUGUUGCCGACACAGAUACCUUCUUGAAAGGCGUGAACAUUAUUUUCGAUGAACGCUGGAGAAAUAUCGGCAUUCUGUUCGGAUACAUUGCCUUCAACAUGGUUGGUGCCGUUGGCUUAUAUUGGCUUCUCCGUGUUCCCAAGAGAAAGUCUGGCGUGAAACAGGGACAACAGCCACAAAAGCAAGAAAGCGAGACAAAGGCAUAG